CUCUUCUGCAAUGCUUUACUGCCCUCUUUCAAAUGACCAAAUUAACCGAUUUACCCGCCGAGCUCAUAAUUCGAAUAUUUCUGUGCGCGGCGAACCCGGCAUUCGCAGCGACAAAUAGACUGAUAUAUUCGUAUGUAGGCAACCCGACACCUCGGCUCUGCUACAAAUUUGCAAGGUCGCUCGGGCAGGGCAUCCGAUCAAACACCAUUGCCAGCUGCCUUCCAUACAAGUUCCUGAGCACCCAGGUACUGGAUCAGAUCACGAACGGCAAUGAACUGAUCACACGCCGACGGCGGAAAAAGAGCGAGCCAGCCAUGCUCAAGGUAAAGGAUAUCAAGAUCCCAGCGCGGCUGUUCACAGCAGACAUAAAAGAAGACGAUGCAGACGGCAAGCCGCCGGCGGCAAAACGGCGAAGGCUGACAUAUAGCGCGCCGCAAAAGCGGCUGUGCAAGAAGAAGAUCAAGCUGGUUGAGCACCUGCUAUCGCUGGGCGUGUCGGUGAAGGGAGCCAAGGGUUCGACAGGGCUUGUGCUGUCAUCCAAGGCCGGCAACCUGAAGAUGGUCAAGCUGCUUUUGAAGAAGGGCGCGGAUCCGACAGCAGGCGGCGAGAACAAGGCAUUGCUGAUGGCGGUAGUGCAUGGGCACUUUGGUGUGGUUAAGCGGCUGGUCAAGGCAGGGGCUCCGGUCAACACGCUAGCACUGCGGUAUGCAGUGCAGAAGAACCACCUGGACAUUGUGGCCUGGAUAAUGAAGCAGGGCGUUGCGCCGGAUAUGGUGACGAUCCAGCUUCUUGAUCAAUUAUAAGGGGAUUGCGUUUGCUGCCAAGGCGAUGACGACAGGUGAUCGCGCAAGGGCAAGGAGCCGCAGCCUCGGCCAUCUCUCCUCUCUGCCCUCUUCUUUGCUGUACUCAUUCUCGCUGCAUCUUGAGGCUGUAUUUUACGGAACAUGGCUCUUGUUGGACUCGACGUUGGCGGCUCGCUCACCAAAGGUUAGAAACCAGUCCUCCUUGUUUGUUGCUCGGGUACAUCAAGCCCGCCCAGUAUGCAGAAUAGACUCCUUAUCUUGUAGUUGAACCACGAUGUAGUGCUGGUGCGUGCAAAUGAGCCGAAUGAUGACACGUUAUACGAUAACAGCGCAUUGGUGCAGUUUGUUAUCAAGUACACCGCAGCUGGUGCCCGAG